GGCUGCAGAGGAGGGGUCUGGAGAAGUUGUUCAGGCGAAUAAAUACAGCUGUCUGCCUCCUUUCACUUCCAUCCGGCUGGCCUAAACUUUCAAUAUCAACAAGCUGCUUCGUGCGUGAGAGCAGGAGACCCGAGUUGAAGGCUGCCAGACGCGUCCCCGGCUUCCUCUAAGCUGUAUUAUAAGCGGGUAUCUGCUCGGCUAGCUAGCUCCUUAGCUAACUGUGCUAAAAUGAACGGCCACCUGAACGGCUUCCACAACGACUCCGUCAACGAUGAAGACUGCUUCCUCUUCACCUCCGAGUCAGUCGGAGAGGGACACCCCGAUAAAAUCUGUGACCAAAUCAGUGACGCCGUGUUGGACGCGCACCUCAGACAAGACCCCGAUGCCAAAGUAGCAUGUGAGACUGUUGCUAAGACGGGGAUGAUCCUGCUGGCGGGGGAGAUCACCUCCAGGGCCAGCGUUGACUACCAGAAGAUUGUCAGGGAUGCAAUCAAGCACAUUGGCUACGACGACUCCUCCAAAGGCUUUGACUAUAAGACCUGCAAUGUGCUGGUGGCUUUGGAGCAGCAGUCCCCUGACAUUGCUCAGGGUGUUCACCUGGAUCGCAAAGAGGAGGAUGUGGGAGCCGGCGACCAGGGUCUGAUGUUUGGAUAUGCCACCGAUGAGACUGAGGAGUGCAUGCCCCUCACGAUUGUCCUGGCUCACAAGCUGAAUGCCAAGAUGGCGGAGUUGCGCCGAAAUGGAACGCUGCCGUGGCUCCGACCCGACUCCAAAACUCAGGUGACUGUUCAGUACAGGCAGGACAGAGGAGCCAUGGUGCCGCUGCGCGUCCACACCAUUGUGAUCUCCGUGCAGCACGACGAGUGUGUAAGUUUGGAUGAGAUGCGUCAUCGUCUGAAGGAGCAGGUGGUGAAAGCUGUCGUUCCCGGUGGGUACCUCGACGACGACACCAUCUACCACCUGCAGCCCAGCGGACGCUUUGUCAUCGGGGGACCACAGGGUGAUGCUGGUCUGACUGGGCGUAAGAUCAUCGUCGAUACUUAUGGAGGUUGGGGAGCUCAUGGAGGCGGAGCUUUUUCUGGAAAGGACUACACAAAGGUGGACCGCUCUGCGGCCUACGCGGCCCGCUGGGUGGCCAAAUCUCUGGUAAAAGCUGGACUCUGCAAGCGUGUCUUGGUCCAGGUCUCCUAUGCUAUUGGAGUUGCCCACCCCCUCUCUGUCUCCAUCUUCCACUAUGGGACCUCCCAGAAGAGCGAGAAGGAGCUGUUGGACAUCGUGAAGAAGAACUUUGACCUCCGUCCUGGAGUUAUUGUGAGGGAUCUUGACCUGAAGAAGCCCAUCUACCAGAGCACAGCAGCUUAUGGUCACUUUGGUCGUGAUGUCUUUUCAUGGGAGGUGCCCAAGAACCUGAAAUACUGAACCCCUCUUGUCUCCCAGCAGGCCUUUAGGUGUACUGCGGGAAAAACCUGUGUGUUUGUCUACCGUCCUUCUCUCCCUUCUUCUUCUUCUCUUCCCUCUUUCUCCUCGCGCUCACAGCCACAUCACAAGAGUCUCUGUCGCGUUAAAAAAAAAAAGAAAAAAAAAAGGCCCUUUGUCCACCUGUAAGCACAGAUCAUCAAAGAGAAAACAGUGGUUAUUGCCAACAUCUACCAAUUUGAGCGGUGCUACCAGGCGUUAUUCAUCUGUUUCGCAGUGAUUAAUGAUCAUCUAGUUUCCUGACACUACCAGUAAGGAAUGCACUAACUUGUAUCUCAGCAAAUCCGAUAAGUAUUAUUAACAGAGCUACAGUUGUGAUAGAUUUCUACCAGAGCCAUGUCUUCUAGUAACGAAAACAUUUCUAGUAUUCCUCAACCUUUAAAUACAGAAACUCACUGCAGUGUAGUCGCCUCCAGCAAGAAGUUUCUGUUCUCACUGUUAGCAUCAUUACACAAAAACUACCUUUCAUGAAACCAGGUGGAGAACGGGCGAAGGAAGAACGCUUUAAAUUUUAGCCUGGUUUAGGAUGUGAAAUCGACUUUAAGCUCUCCGUGAGCCCGUCUAGUCGUAGAAGCGAAGGCAUCCUCUAUUGCAUUCUCCCUACGUGGCAACAUGUCAUUUCCAUUUUUGUUUAACUUUGUUUUUUAUUUAAUGGCAGUUUAGCAUAGCAAAAACAUCUUCUCUGUUUUCCUCACACUCCUCUUUCUCUGUUUUUGAAGUUUUUUUUAUGACACCAGUGGGGUCUCAUUCUCUUUUGUUUUUUUUACUUGUGCGCCCCCUUCAGGCCAUUUUAUUUUCUGACGUUUUACAGAGAAGUCAGAAGCUGCUAAUGACCUUUUGGUUCUGUUGGGCUGCACUGUGAAACCACUCCAUUUUUCUAUUUAUUUUGUUUUAAAUUGUCAUGUGAUUAAUCCAAAUUAUGUUAAACGUGUCAAUGUUCUGCUGACCAAGAUAAAGGCACAGCACCUCCUGGGCCUGACUCUGGGUGUAGCUACAGAGAAACCCAGACUCAGUCACUCCUGGGCCGGGACUGCCUUUAUCUCACGGCGACACUACUUGAAAUAAUUUAUAUAAUUGCGUUUAACUGAUGUGGGACCGAACAGUUUGACCAGCAAGGAGGGACAACUGAGUAACGUGCCACAAGUUUUUUUGUAUCCUAAAACUGUUUUCCACUCAGUUGCACAUAUUGAUUGAGUGUCCUGAUGUCUUCAUCUAACCUGGAUGUGAAGUCCCAGUGGUCUGAAGAACGUGAAGAUUAGAAAGACAAAGAAAAAUAAAGCAGGGCGCAGUCAGCCAAGUGAAUGUAAGACGUGGUGUUAAGGCUCUUGUCUUCUUGGCAGAGUUAGUUAGCUCCUGGAGCUCCCAAAAAUUGACCAGGCUUUUGAAUGUUACAUGUGCCGUAGUUGUCCAACGAAUGUCGAGGCUGCAGCUGGAGCUUUUCUUUUAAAUUAUUUAUUUAUUAGUUUUAAAACAUGUUCGUUACAUCGUCCCUCACGGGUUACGGAUGGCACAAGUUACAUUUCUCCUGACGAGCACACUGGGUUUGCCGAGCUUGCCCCUCUUCUCAUUCGUUUAAAGACGGCAGGAAAUGGAGCUGAAGUGUUGAAAAGGCGUGCGACAAGAGACCAUGGCUAGAUUUGAACCUAAGACACUUAUGAAUACACAGUAUAUGCCUUCGAAUGCUUCCCCAGUUGUCUUUCUCCGCGACUUCACUCCUGGACUCCGACAAAAGUUUAGCCCGAGUGAGAUUAGUGUUUACCUUAUUAUUAAAUCAUCGCAGCUGGUCAGAGAUUUGUGCACCUAGCGAGUUCAAAAUGUGUCUGCAUCAUCGUGUCAGUAGAUGGCGCUGUGUCCCUGCUAAUAGUACUGUAACGACGACUUUAGUUGGGCUCUUUUGGCACCACCUUGUGGUUUGUUUGAGUGAACUGCAGACGCCUCAGACAGCAGCCACAUCGCGGUGCCGUGAGCUCGUCUGUGCGACAAUCUGGUGAAAUUAGAAGAUUUUUUUUUUUUAACGAUGUGUUUUUUUUCCUCCUCGAGCUCCUCCGCAGAUGAGACGAAUGAUUGGUUGGUGUUGUACAGAGAAACCAGCCUGUUUACAUGGUCUCCUGUAGGGAGCGAGAGGAGCUUUGUUGUUGUUGUUCUGUUUAAAUUGGUUUGUUAAAUCUUUGAAUGUGAGUCUGUCAGCGUGUUUGCUAAAUGUGUAAAAGUGCCUUCUCUCACUACCUGCAAAUGCCCCCCAUCUUCUACCCCCAAAUACAUGACUUCUUACCCUUUCGCCCUCCCACUUCUAUCCCAAAGUCACUGAAGUUCCCUCCUCACUAGUUCAUGCUGGUGAGUCCGAUUUGUUCCCGAGUUUCUCUUUUAAACUGCUGAAAUAAACUGCACUCCUGUUUUGUGCUUA